GAAGUUUCAACAAAAACACGUGCGCCGCAAUCGGUUGUUGUUCGAUUGUAAUUUUCGGAUUUACGCUGUCGGUUUCGUGAAUCUUGAAGUUAAAUUAUAAUAAGCGCCGACCCACGACGAUGACCUGCGUGGGCAAAGAACGCGGAGCCCUGAUAUAUAAGGGUAGCAACUUCCUUAAGCAACGACUUAUACUGUCUACAUUAAGUGGAAAACCGAUUGAAAUUCGGGAUAUCCGGCUGCUGGACGAUGCUAGUCCCGGUUUACGGGAUUACGAAACGGAUUUGUUGAAGCUGCUAGACAAAAUCACUAAUGGAACGCGAGUGAGGGUUGAUAGAAGUGGGUGUUCCUUUAGCUAUCAACCUGGAUUGUUGAAUGGAGGGUCUUUUCAGCACGAUUGCUGCAAUGAACGGGGAAUCGGAUAUUACCUGGACGUUUUGUUAGCUUUGGGACCGUUUUGUAAAACUCCUUUGGACGUAACACUAACAGGAGUGACAAACAGUAAGGAAAGUCCUUCGGUGGACCACAUCAAAGCUUCUGGAUUUGCUGCCUUGAAAAGAUUCUUGUUGGUGGAUGAAGGUCUGGAACUGACCAUUCGGAAACGAGGAAUAAUGCCCGGGGGAGGUGGAGAAGUCACCUUCAAAUGUCCAGUACGAAAAACCUUGAAAGCGAUUCAAUGCGUUAAACAGACGAUGGUCAAACGCAUUCGAGGAACGGCUUAUUGCUGUAAAGUUUCUCCGGCAAUGGCAAAUCGAGCUGUGGAAUCGGCUAAGGGAACAAUGUUGAACUUUUUGCCGGAUGUCUACAUCAAUACAGAUCAGCACAAGGGCAAACGUUCGGGAAAUAGUCCGGGCUAUGGGGUUAAUUUGGUAGCCGAAACAACCGAUGGAAGUCGGUUCUGUGCUGAAGCCAUUAGCAAGACCGCAGAGGAAGGUGGAAAUCCCUCGAUACCGGAAGAUGUUGGACGGGAAGCUGCCAUGAAACUUCUGGAUGAAAUCUAUCGGGGUGGCUGUGUGGAUUCCAGCUUCCAGUGGAUGGUUGCUCUGUUCAUGGCUUUGGGACAGAAAGAUGUGUCGAAAUUUCUGAUUGGACCUCUUUCUCAAUAUUCGAUACACUUUCUUCAACAUUUGAGGGAGUUUUUCGGGAUUACUUUCAAACUAGAAAAUGCUUCCGGGGAGCAAGACGAGGAAGGUUCCGAUUUGGACGAGGAAAUGUCCGGCUCGAAUAAGGUUAUGCUGACUUGCGUCGGAAUUGGAUACAGUAAUUACAGCAAAAAGUUAAUGUAAAGCUUUCUCAACAAAUAAAUACAAAUCAAUAACUAA